AAACGUCAAAAAUCUAACAUAAACAACACAAAAAUUCAACAAAAAAAUGGUAAGAAAACGCUCGAAAAGUUCAAAAAAGAACACUAAAAGCGAAGACGAAGAACGUGAUACGGACGAAGAUUUUAACGAAGAAGAGCCGAAAAUCAAGCCUAAAAAGUACAGCCUGCGACAGAGGAAGAAAUUUCCAACGUUCAACGAUGAUGAUUUCGAGUAUGAGGAUGAUUUGCUGGGUGUUGAUGAAGAAUCAUCGAAGACAAAAUGCGACGAUGAUGAUGAAGAUUUCGAAGUCGGGAAGUUGAAGAAAGAGAGGAAAACUAAGAAAGAUUUACCAAAAGAUGAAAGGACAGUCUUCUCCGACGAAGAAAUUCAAAAAGAAACAAACGAAAAGGAAUCAUCGUCCAUCCCAGACGACUUGAUCGAUUUUGAGGACAUCAUCCGGGCGGACAUCGUGAUGAACAGAAAUCGUAUCGAUUACGACAACGUCAUUCAGAAGACCGAAAUCAAAGUCCAAGUAAAAGACGAACAAAACAAACCGAAAGGUGAAGAAGAAAUCUCUAAGUCAGAAGAACAGAAGAACAAAAGUAGAAGAGGAAGGAAGCCGAAGAAACGCAGACCGAGCAGCGACAUUGACAUAGACCCAACUCAAUUUCUGGCGCCUCAAAUACAAGAGAACGAUUCAGAUGAAGAGUACCACCCGUACGGGUACCACAAGUACAAGCCCAAGAGGCAGCGCAAGCCCAAAGCUCGCCCCGCCGGAGAAAUCGACAGCAGUCUAUUGGAUGAUUAUAUCGAAGAAUACGAAUUCGAAGACAAACAAGAUACCGAUUACAAUCCGAGGGAAGACAUCGAGUACCCCGGCCUCGGCCUCGGGCUAUCCAGCUACAUUUUAGAAAAACAAAUUAUCGACAAUUACCAAGGGAUUGUUCAUACUAAUUCUAGUUCGUCGAUUUCAAUUCCCAAGCCAGUUACGUGUCGAAAUAACGCAGAUUCAAAUACUGCUGGCUUAUCAAAGUUACCAUCACAUGAACCUGUACGUAAACGGUCGGCACCCAGCACAGUAAAAGGCCAGGUAGAGGAAAAAUCGUCGAAAAUCGAGCCAUCUGUCGCAGCAACACCAACAACUGAAGAAUCUAAAGAUGAUGAAUGUCGUGAUGAUGAUAGUGAUGACGGUACUCCGAGGCAGUUGAAUGAGAAAAACGGCACAUUCGAGAAAGUAGUUGUGGAUGAAACUCUAAAUAGUGAUAAUAAUGUCGAUGAAAGUGUUGGUUUAAUGAUGAAUAGUGAUAAUGAGAAAUUUAUCAACGGGAAGCACAUAGAGAAUCCCGAGAUAAAUAUAGUGGAUUGUAAAGAUGAAAUCGAAAGUGAAGAUGAUGAUAUUGUGUUUAUUGAAACUGAACGAACGAUCAUUGUUUUAGAUGAUUAAUUGAAUUUAUAAUUUAUGAUGAUUAAAAUUGAUUUGAUUUCUUCCUUUGUACCCAUUAAAAUCGAUUGGUAUGUU